GCGGCCGGGCGGGGGUCGGCGGACGAGAUGUGCGAGCGGGCGGCGCGCCUGUGCAGGGCCGGCGCGCACAGGCUGCUCCGGGAGCCGCCGCCGCAGGGCCGCGCGCUGGGCGGGCUGCUGCGCUGGGUGGGCGCCAGGAUGGGCGAGCCCCGCGCACCGCUCGUCCCCGACAUUCCCGUCGCGGACCCCGACCCCGGGCCCGGGCCUGCCGCGCCGCACGGGGGCACGGCAGUCAUCCUGGACAUUUUCCGUCGUGCGGAUAAAAAUGAUGACGGAAAGCUGUCCCUGGAGGAAUUUCAGCUCUUCUUCGCAGAUGGUGUCCUCAGUGAGAAGGAGCUGGAGGAUCUCUUCCACACCAUUGACUCAGACAACACCAACCACGUGGACACCAAGGAACUGUGUGAUUACUUUGUGGACCACAUGGGAGACUACGAGGAUGUCCUGGCCUCCCUGGAGACCUUGAACCAUUCGGUCCUGAAAGCCAUGGGCUACACCAAGAAGGUGUACGAAGGUGGGAGCAAUGUGGACCAGUUUGUGACCCGCUUCCUUCUGAAGGAGACAGCCAAUCAGAUCCAGUCGCUGCUCAGCUCCGUGGAAAGUGCUGUGGAAGCCAUUGAUGAACAGACUAGCCAGAUCCGACAGGAGCACUGCAAACCCAGCCACGGCAUCACCAAGAGCCACUAUGGAGGCCCCAGUCCUCCCUAUAUCGCCAACCACAAGCUGGCAGCCCCGGAGCCAGGGAGAAGCCUGCCUGUGGCCACAGGGGAGCCAAAGGAGGAAGGGCUGGAGGGCCAGAUAAGCCGGUUGGCAGAGCUGAUUGGGAGACUGGAGAGCAAGACCCUCUGGUUUGACCUGCAGCAGCGUCUCUCAGAUGAAGAAGGAACGGACAUGCACCUGCAGCUGGUCCGGCAAGAAAUGGCCGUGUGCCCUGAGCAGCUGAGCGAGUUCUUGGACUCCUUGAGGCAGUACCUCCGUGGUACCGCUGGAGAAAGGAAUUGUUUCCACGUCGCUGCGGUGAGGAUGGCAGAUGGCCUCACCUUCGUCAUCUACGAGUUCUGGGAGACAGAGGAGGAGUGGAAGAGGCACCUGCAGAGUCCCGUGUGCAAGGCAUUCCGACACGUCAAGGUUGACACCCUGAGCCAGCCUGAGGCACUCUCUCAGAUCUCUGUGCCAGCUGCCUGGUGCACUUCGGGCCGAGACUGACCCCUCCCGAGGCCCUGUUAAGGAACCUAGUGCUCCCCUCCCCGACUUCUUGUAAAGGACACUACCCCUUUUCUAGAGACUUUGGUACACAGCUGUCUUUUCAAUAUACUAAUAAAAGGAUGUGUACUUACCCCUGCUAUGACAUGGAGGAGGCUCCUCCCCUGGCAUCCACACCUGACUCGACUUGGCAGAGCGUAUUGCUGGGAUGCUGGUGAGGCCAAGGUUAGUAGGGAUGGCUUCCCAGGCCAGCCUCUGACCAACAGCUUCCCACCCCAGCCUGCCUCUGGCCUCCCUGACAUCUCAUGGCUGAGGCCCAGCUGGACCCACCUCAGAUGGAUGGGCCUCAUUCUCGACUUCCCUACUCCUUGAUGGCCCUCUAGGAGCUGUGACCCUGUAGUAUCCAAUGUAGGCUCAGGUAGAGCCCAGGUCCCCAGCACCAUGCUAGGCCCACAG